UAUAUUCCAGCCGUGAGCCGGGGCGCUCAUUCCGCGCUGGAAGUCUCGGCGUCCCUCUGUGUUGCUGAGUCGGUAGCCUAGCGUUUUCGCGCUCCUCCCUUUCCUCCUCCCCUUUUCCUCCUCCUUCUCCACCUCCUCCUCCUCCGAUCCCCAGUAAGGCCGAUCUGCUCUGCUCUCGUGAUAAUCACCCCUUUUGAGAUGGUCUGUGAGGUGCUGAUAGAACUGUUCUGAGGUGAGAAAACAUCCUCAAGGAGAGAACUUUAUGGAGGAUGUUUAGAACCAUACCAAGAACUUAUUUGUUGGUGGCUUAACAAAGUGGGCAGGUGAAAUACCGAAAGAGAAUAGCAAUUUUUAUAAAAAAAGAAGAUUCUAAUAUGGUAUCAGUAGAUAUGAUCCACAUAAACAUAAAGCUCAGUAGGAUCCUCAGGUGGGAAACAGACCUAACUGAUUAUCUUGUCUGGAGUUACAUGGUGAUCCUGCAACUUGAUGGAUGACAACAACCCUUUUCAACCAAAAAGUAAUCCCAAAAUGGCAGAACUCUUUAUGGAAUGUGAAGAAGAAGAGCUAGAACCGUGGCAGAAGAAAGUAGAAGAAAUUAAGGAUGAAGAUGAUGAUGAACUGAUCUUUGUUGGAGAAAUAUUAAGUUCAAAACCUGCCAUUUCAAAUAUUUUGAACAGAGGUAACUCCAGCUCAUCUUCAAAGGGAAUAAAGAGUGAGGCACUCAGUCCAGGUAUUCCUGAUGUAUUCAAGCCUACAAGUCAACACUACAAAGACCCAACAUCAAGUCCAGUGGCUGCCUUGCCUAGAUUUCAUCCUGAAUCUAAAUCUUCACAUAGCUCUGUUAUUGUUCAGAAUGCGUCUAAACCUGAUUUUACAAAGAAUUCAUCACAAGCUGAAUCAGAUGAUUCUUCAGUCUUACUGUUUGACUUGACCCAGGAUACAAUACCACUGUCCCAAGAUCGACCAGCAGUUUUUAUAGAAGGUAUGGAUCAAACUUCAUUUGUGUUAAAACGUCCUUCUACUUCUAAAGUAAACAGUGUUAAUUCAAAAAAGCCAAAGACCAGUGAAGAUGUUUCUGAAAUAAAUCCCUCUGCUUCACUGUCUGUAAUUAACUCUCCUUCAGGGACAUCUUCCCAGGCUUUGCUAUCAAAAGGUACAAAUACCUCAUCAACUCAGUAUAAAACUGGAGCACCUUUCCUAAGAGCUUGUCCAAAGUGCAAUGUUCAGUUCAACCUUUUGGAUCCUUUGAAAUACCACAUGAAGCGUUGUUGUCCAGAUAUGGUAAAUAACUUUUUAGGAAUUAUUAAAGCAGAACUUUCAAGUGCCGAAAACAAAAAUAAGACUAGUUCAGAGAAAGGAAAAUUGAUCAUGUUAGUUAGUGACUUUUAUUAUGGAAGACAUGAAGGAGCCGCCGAGGAAGAACAGAAGACUUACACAACUUUUAAAUGCUUCAGUUGCUUGAAAGUUCUUAAAAAUAAUAUUAGGUUUAUGAACCAUAUGAAACACCACUUGGAACUUGAGAAGCAGAACACUGAGAGCUGGGAAAACCACACCACCUGCCAGCACUGCUACAGGCAGUAUCCCACACCCUUCCAGUUGCAGUGCCACAUCGAGAGUACACACACGCCCCAUGAGUUUUCUACUAUUUGCAAAAUCUGUGAAUUAUCAUUUGAAACAGAGCAUAUUCUUUUACAACAUAUGAAGGACACUCAUAAACCCGGUGAAAUGCCAUAUAUUUGCCAGGUUUGCCAGUUUAGAUCAUCAACAUUUUCUGAUGUAGAAGCUCAUUUUAGAGCAUCCCAUGAAAACACUAAGAACUUGCUAUGUCCAUUUUGCCUCAAAGUUAGUAGAAUGGCAACCCCCUACAUGAAUCAUUAUAUGAAGCAUCAGAAAAAAGGAAUUCAUCGUUGUACAAAAUGCAGACUACAAUUUUUGACCUGCAAGGAGAAAAUGGAUCAUAAGACACAGCAUCGUACAUUUAUAAAGCCUAAAGAACUAGAAGGAUUGCCUCCAGGAACAAAAGUUACUAUCCGAGCUUCACUUGGACCUCACCAAUCAAAACCAUCAACUACACCUUCCAGUUGUACUCCAAGCACUUCUUCUCUUCAGGUCUCACCUCCAAAGUCUAAAAAUACAACUGCUAAAAAUCCUACAAAAUCUAGUGCAAGUAAAUCUAAGACAAGUAAGUCUCAUGCAACUGCAUCCACUGCAAAUAAACCUCGUACAAGAAAGCCAAGUGGAGGUAUCUCUAAAUGCAAACCAAAACCCUCUUCCAAGCAAAAGAGACAACGCAACAGAAAAAAUAAAAUCAGCAUAGCUUUGAAGAACUUAAGGUGUCGUCGGGGAAUUCACAAGUGCAUUGAGUGUCAUUCCAAAAUAAAAGAUUUUGCAAGCCACUUUUCUAUAUAUAUCCACUGUAAUUUUUGCAAGUACAACACUAAUUGUAACAAAGCCUUUAUAAAUCAUAUGAUGAGCUUUCAUAGCAGCCAUCCAAGUAAACGAUUUUAUAUUUUUAAGAAGCAUUCAGGAACACUCAGGGGCAUUACUCUAGUGUGCCUUAAAUGUGAUUUCCUAACUGAUUCUUCUGGAUUAGAUCGUAUGGCUAAACACUUAAGUCAACGUAAAACUCAUACUUGCCAAGUGAUAAUAGAGAAUGUUUCUGAAAGUACCUCAACUUCUGAACCUACUUCUGACCGCUUGUUGAAAUAGAUUCCUGCUCUAUGGAGCUCGUGCAACCUGGUGCAAGACAAGUUGGAAUUUCCUAAGUUCAAAGUUCUGAAGUGUUUUAUACAAAAGCAGUUUCCUAAGUUCAAAGUUCUGAAGUGUUUUCUCACAUAAAGGCGGUUAAACAGUCACGUUCAUGACACUAGCUCUCAUUAUUCAGCUCUUUUCAGCUUUCAGAUGGCACUAGAUUCUUAUUCCACCUUAUCUUUGUGUCAGGUUAACAUAUCUUAACAGUCGGCUCUCCAAAAAUAACUUUUGUUGCUAUGGUCUUUUCUUGUUUUGCUUAAAAUAUGUAUUCUUCUCUGCUGUACUUGCCUUCAGAAUAUUACAUUCCAAACAAUAUGGCUAUUCAUCUUUUUUGUCUGUUUUGUCUGCUUUCUUAAUUUCUUAUGUCUUACAUUUUUAGGUCAAUAGCCAUUUUUUCCUCGUUUCUUGUCUGUCAUUGUUCUAUUUUUCAUAUUUUCCAGAUGCAGAAACAACACAGAAAUUUCAAAAAAUGUCCAUGGUACUCCUGGACAGUGUCCCCCUUCGAUGGACACAACUGAUGCCUGUUCUCUCUUUCCAAGGAAUGUGAAUUAUUUGACUGUGAGACCUCCUCUAGUUUGUGGCCUUAAGAAAUCAGAUCUUGGGGAGAGUCCCUUCCUAUCUGACUGGCCUCCCAUAAGGCUGAUGCUUAAUUGGCCAGAGAUGACCUCAAGGCCUACCAAAUUGAGCACAACUUCCCUCUGGGGGCUUUGGCUUUUCAUCUUGAGCUUAUGGAUCAAUUCUAACCAAGAAAAGCUCAUCAAAUCAAUACUUCAGCAUCCAAGUUGAAGUGUAAUCAUUUUGACUGCUGCUCUUUAAUAUUCCUGUAGCAUGCAUGCAGUCCAAGGAAUAUAAAAAUUCUGGUUGUGUAGAGAACCAAGGUUACUUUCAUGUUUUUGGAAAAGUAAAGUUUCUAAAAUUACAGUUCCAAAGUUAAAGUUAUUCAUAUUGUCAUGUAAAGUUUUAUCCAGUAUUAAUCCUAGGAAUUUUCAGCAAUAUUAAUAUUCAUAUUUUUUAAUUUUUAAACUUUUAUUUUGGUAGCUCAGUUUUAUGUUGUUCUUACCAAAUGUAUUAAUGUCCAUUUUGUUAUGUCUACUUCUGUGCUAUUCUCUUUAAAGCUUUUGUUUUGUGUUUGUUUGGGUUUUUUGUUAAGAGCUCCAAUGAAUUUCUUAGAAUUCUCUACAGAUUUCAUAUAACUACCUAUUGGUAGCUCCUUAACUUGAGACUUAUUCAGACCAUUAGACAUUGUUACAUGCUGUGUCUAUCUCUGGCCUACCAUUAACAUUAUCUUAGGGAUUAUGAAUUGGCAAAAAGUUCCCAAAAACUUACAGUCCUUAAAACAAGUUUUAAAGUUACAUUUCUGUACAUCUAAUACAUAAUAUCUUCUUAGCCAUUAAUGUAAUUCCUUUGGAUAAAGAUAAUAUAUUCAAGAAAAUAUUGGGACCAAAAAUGCACUUGUUUCUUGCCCAUAUAUAUAUAGAUGUAUAUUUUUUUUAAUUUGGUGUUUGUUUAUUUUGGUUACAUUGAAUAUAGAUUUGCUGAACAGUUUUGAUGUUAUUACUUAUUUUUUUAAUAAAAUUUGUAUUGUUAAAGUGCCUCAGGAAUUAUUUUCUAAUAAAUAAUUUCAUAUAAAAGCU